CAUACCGGAUGUGACGUCACGGCUCAUGGCUGCUGUUAUUCAGCAGGAGUGAAACAAACAAGGCUGUGUCGAGGGGGAUUAGCAGAGCAACACGGGGCGAAAAUGGUGGUUCUCACGCUGAAGAACUUGCAACAGCAGACCUUCACGAUCGAGAUCGAGCUGUCUGCCACGGUGAAAGCUCUAAAAGAGAAGGUUGAGAAGGAGAAAGGUGGUGACUAUCCAGCAGUAGGCCAGAAGUUAAUUUAUGCAGGUAAAAUCCUUCAAGAUGACACAACCCUCGAAUCAUAUAACAUUGAUGACAAGAAGUUUUUAGUUAUUAUGGUAACAAAGCCCAAGGCACCUCCUCCGCCUGUUGGUCCAACUGACCCCACAAUUGUAGAAAGCGAGGAGACUCCUGCAGAGGAAUCAACUGCCACCACUGAAUCUUCCUCACAGUUUUAG